AUGACAGAAAAUCCACACUCACAGGUCGAAGAAAAAGAAACAAUCCACAAUGUCGAACGACUCAAUACCCAAACUUCCACCUACCAACCACCACAAAUGCAACCAUGGCAGCGCCGACUAAUCGUUCUAUCACUGUGCAUGUCCCUUUUCCUCGGCGCACUCGAUAUAACAAUCAUCUCAACCGCGUUGCCCAGCAUCGCAGCGCAUUUAGGAGUAACAUCUCAGGAGUAUGCGUGGAUUGGAAGCAGUUAUACACUGGCAACAACCGCAUCAACGCCAGUCUGGGUCAAAAUCUCAGAUAUUUGCGGUCGAAAGCCGACGAUAAUGGCGGCGGUUAGUACUUUUAUGGUUGGUAGUUUGGUCAGUGCAUUGGCUAGAUCGAGUAUGUCGCUUAUUGCGGGUAGAGUCGUGCAGGGACUCGGUGGUGGUGGAUCGAUCGUUCUGGUAACGGUUAUUAUUGGGGAUAUUUUUGCCCUCGCUGAGAGGCCUAAAUAUUAUGGUAUUACUGGGAUUGCGUUUGCGAUGGCUAGUGCUAUUGGGCCGGUUUUGGGGGGUGUUUUUACGGAUAGUAUUGGAUGGAGAUGGUGCUUUUAUAUCAAUCUACCCUUUGACGGGAUUGUCCUAGUACUACUUUUCUUCAAUCUCAAUCUCACCCUUGAGAAGGAGUCGGUGAACGGACUGAGCAGUAUAGACUGGAUGGGCUUCUUGCUCAUCAUCGGAGGAACAAUCUGCUUCUUAUACGGGCUUGAAACAGGCUCAAGUGGACUUCUAUCCUGGACCUCACCCACAGCUAUCCUGCUAAUUAUUUUUGGAGUCAUAAUAAUGGGACUGUUCAUGAUAUGGGAAGCCAAAUUCGCUACAAACCCACUCAUUCCGAUCAGGAUCUUUCAAAAACGAUCACUACUCGCAUCUUUCACCGUCGCGUGUCUUCACUCGUUUGUCUUCAUCUCCUUCGACUUCUUCCUACCAUUAUAUUACCAAGUCGUUCUCGGCUUCCGACCAAUAAUAUCCGGCGUGACUCUUUUCGCUCUGAUAAUUCCAAUGUCGCUAUCGACUUUUGGCGGGGAAUGUUCGUCCGCAAGACAGGGAAUUAUCGCGCGAUGA